AUGUCAGACACUCAAUCAAAAAUCGAUUCGUUACAAGAAUUAAAUUCUCAACUAAUUGCCACGAUUGCUGGGCUUAGAAAAGAGAACGCUGAGCAAAUUCCUGGUACCAAACGAGAAAAUUUAUACAAAAAGACAUAUAGAGCUAGAAAGAUUCAUGAGCUAUUUGAAAAGAUAGGAGUGGAUAAAAUUAAGUAUAUUAAAACAUAUAGUGCAAACUCUAUUUCUGAAUUAUCCGAUAGUCAAAUACAAAUCAUCAUUGAUUAUUUCUUCAAGAAUCCUAAUGCCGAAUUUCCCGAUAAUCAAGAUAGUUCUAUUAACAAUCCUUUAGAUGAUUUAUCCGAAACUGAGACAAAUAUAACUAUCGAGGAAUCAAACGUUCAACACUUCCUACCCCCGACCUCUAAUGCUUGUGGCUCAAUGAUCAAGGUAAGUGCUCAAGUCUCGGAUCCUUCCACUUUGAAAGCCAAUGUUAGUAUAUCACCUACCAAGAAAGCCUCACUGAAAGUCAAGUCUGAAACUUCUGAAUCUCCACAAAGCAAAAAUGCUGAUAAUCAUAUCCUACAAGACAGUUCACUGGAAACUCAGGUGAGGGUACCGCAGAUAAAUAUUCUACCUAUAUCAUCUAAACGACAAUUUCUGAUUUCUGUUAUACCUAAAGAUCCGGAAGAAAGACAACAACACGUUAUUAAAAUGGUAUUAGAGUGA